AUGGAAUAUUCAAGCAUUGAAUUCAAUAAUUUAUCUGAUGAAAUCUUUAUGAUUAUUUUCAAAAAACUCAACAAUCUUGAUGUACUUUAUUCUUUACAAGGUGUCAAUCAGCGAAUCAAUAAAAUUAUUAAGGAUCCAAUAUUUACAAAUCGUUUGACUUUUGUUAAAUGGUUAUCAGAUAGUUUUAUCGAUCUAAUUUGUUGUGAUGUGAUAGUCGAUCGGCUUUGUUUACAAAUUUUACCAGAAAUUCAUCAUAAAAUCAAAUGGCUUGAUCUUGAAUCAUCAUCUAUGACACAUGUUUUAUAUGCUGCCCAUUAUCCUAAUUUACAUAGUCUCGGGCUUUAUUAUAUUCAUGAAGAGUCACUUCGAUGUCUUUUUACUGAUGAAACUUUUUCGCCUGGUACAUUCAAAAAACAAAUUACAACACUUUUAAUUACAAUUGAUAAUAAUAAGGAGACACGAGAGAUCGUACAUUAUACGAAUCAUCGUAUAAAAAAACGUCUUCGAUUAUUUUUUGACGAUCCACCUCCUCCUACAUUUCGUUCUUCAACACUUCUAAAAUUGAGUGUUAGAUUACAAGGUAUUGAUGAUUGUCUUCAUCUUCUCGAUGGUCGUUUUAAUCAACUUCACACAGUCUAUGUUGAUUUGCUUAAUCUUCAUUGUUCACAUGAAAUUCAAAAUCAACAAUUUCAUGAAUUGAGCAAUAAUAAUGAAAAUUUAUCUGUUAUAAAAUACUCUGUUCUUAAUGAACUUAUUAUUAUCGAUGUUCAUGAUGAUUAUAUCGAAGAAUUCCUGCUUGAUACUACAACGAAUUUACCAAAUAAUAUUUUUCUUUGUGUCAAGUAUGAAUCAUUGAAACGAGUAACACAUAAUUUCACAAGAGAUGCUACACGAAUUAAUUGUGCCAAAAUAAAUGAAUUAGAAUUCUUUUCUGAGACAAAAUGUUCGAAUUAUUUACAAGAAUAUUUUCCUUAUGCAAAAAUAUGUUACUCAACAACAUUUGCCAAGACAAAACAAUAA